AUGACGUUGGCUAAUCAGAAGGCAGCCGAAUGUCUGGAAGAGAACACGACCACAUUUGGACAGGGCGGCCGUAAGCAUCAUUGCCAUGGAGUCCUAGAGCUGCAUUCGCAACUACAAGUUCUUCACAAUGAGGCCGCUUUUCAGCGAGACGUCGAGAUGACGACGUGUGUUCGGGAGAGGUCUGCCGACGCGGCAACACUCAGUGCACGUAAAAUCGAGAAGUGCAAGGCCACACUCAAAAAGGUCGGCGUCAAUUUCCGUUUCGGUUUUUGCUUAAAGAAUUUCGACUGCGCUUUGACAGAUCGUCGAAUGAAGCGUAAACUCAAAAAGGAGAAGAAAGAGAAGACGAGGAGCUGUGCCAAAGAGGCGAAAAAAUUUCGUAUGCACUGCGCAAAGCUUGGAAAAUGUUGCAGUGUUGUGAAAGAAUGUCAUCUACAUGUCAGCAAACGAGAUGAGAUUGCCGAGAAGAAGAAGCAGCUAAAGAAACUCUACGACACCUGCCAUGCUGGUCACUCAAAAAAGGUUGUGAAUCCAACAAAAACCGUAUCGUAUAGUGAUUUCCUUUAG